GUUUUUUUUGACGACUGAAACAUGAAUAUGUCUGAUACAAAAAAAUUCAUAAAAGUUAUAAGAAAGGAGCCGGUAGGAGAUGAUAUACCGAUACGUAUUAAAUUGAAAAUCACGGAUAAAUUAUCAGAAAUCCGGGAACAACUUCAAAUUGAUAGUACUAUUUUAAUGGAUGAUACAUUAUUUUUUUCAGAUAGAGAUUCUAACAACAUAAUGCGUAAACGUGAAACCGAAGUUUAUUUAGAAGAUAUUAUUAUAGACGAUACUAUAUAUUUGAAAACUUGUGAUCCUAGUCCGGAUUAUUUUAAAGGCACAUUAAGCCUUGAAUAUGGACGUACUUUAACCCCUAUUAAUUCUAAAAUUGAAAUUGCGGAAAAAAAAGCAUUUACAAUAGAUGAAAUAGAGCUUAUCAGACCUGAUGUGACUAGCAAUAAUGAAAAAGUCAAUUUUAAUUCAAAGAAUAGCUGGGAGAAAAAAAUAAAUAUGUUUCUUAAAGCUGAAGCUGGAUUAAUGAAUUUUGAGCCAUUAGAAUUAUCUUUUACGAACACACGAAACAAAAAUGAAGAAAUUGAAAGAAAUUAUUCUUAUUCUUAUACAAAAAUUUCUAAAAUGCAUUUGCAUUUAAAAUUAGAAGGUUUAAAACCUACUAAUUAUUUUAUUAGAGAAGUUGAAGAAGCCGUAAAAUUAUCGAAUCGUAAGAAACUUGGAGAAAUUAAUACUCAAUUCGGUCAAUUCGUUCCUACUAAAGUUACUUUAGGCGGAAUAGUUUAUUAUACGACCGAAGGAGAAUCAAAUAAGUCUUCUGAACAAAAGAUUAUCGGUGGUUCUUCAACAAUUGCCACUUCUGGAAUUCCUGCAGCGAACCUUAAUAUUGAAGUUGGGCUUAAUAAUGAUAACUCAAAAAGUGAAUUAAAGAACUUAGAGAGGAAAACUAGCAGCUUAAUCGGAGGAGAAACAAAUUUUAAUAAGAAAAAAUGGGUUAUUUCAUUAUGCGAUUACAAAACUUGGAGGUGUAUAGAAUUUCAAGAUCCGAUUAAUAUUUUUGAACUUUUAAAUGAUAAUCUACGUAAAGAUAUAUAUAAAGUCCUUGGAAAAAAAAUUCUUUAUUAUGAUGUUAUAUCACGUGAGCAAUACUUAGGAUAUGGAGAACGUGAAAUUCUUAAAUUACCGUUACAAGGAAAGAUCUGCGAAACAAUUAAUAAUAAAGAUGCAGACUGUUGUGUCUUUGCGACCGUUGUUGAUGAAGACGACAAGAAAAACGAUUUCUUUAAUUGUCAAAUCUAUUAUCCGCCACAAGAUGAAGAAGUACCACGGCUCAUUAUUCAUUGUUACCAAAAACAAAAAUAUCAAUCUAAACGUAAAUUAAAAAUUGGGUUUAUGAUUAUUGGUUAUGAUGUAAAUUUCAACUCCAGUGAUAAACUUAAUGAUGAAAUACGUGUUGAAGUUAUCAAUAAUCCUAAAUUAGAUAUGUCAAAAAUUGAAGAAUUAAUGUAUAGAUAUGAUUUUAAAAAUUUUGGUUUUAAUGAAGAAAAAUCGUUCUUGGGAAUCCCAGUAUUAAGUGAAUUAGAUAAAUCUAAUAAAUCUAUCAUAAUUGGGCAUUAUUUUUUAGAAAACGAAAGUAAUGAGGUUGAAGCAAAUAUGUUUGCUUAUUGUUUGAUAAAGAAGGAAUUCGUCAAAUUACCCAAGUCUUGUUGUUUUCAUGUACUCGUAAUUUCAGGAAGUCCUAAUUCUAAUACUUAUGGCAAAUUUCCUUUUAAUGAAAAAAGAACACUUACGGGAAAGAAAAAAUACAUAGUUGAAAAACUUACUGAUCCAAAAUAUAUUAAUGUAUAUUCUGAAAAGGUAAAUUGCGGUCCAGUUUUCUUGAAACAGAAAAAAGAAGAAAUCAAAUUAAAAUAUGCCGAUUGUAGAAAUAGAACCUGUUCCCUUUGUAAGAACAGAACUUCAAAAGGUAAAAUCAAAUGCGCGUAUUUUUUUUUUAAAUAAAAGGUAAUUUUUAUCGAUUAAUCU